UCUGGAAGACAGCGGAGCUGCCGCCAUUUUGCGGGAAGAGGAGCAGCUCCAGUUGUAGUGGGGUUCUUACUGCUGAGUCUCUGGAAGGGAGUCGUGCUUCGCGUCCCCCGACACACCCAAAGGAACGAAGGGAACCGGGACCCCCCCCACCCUGCGGGGACCCGGAACUGGUAAGAAACCCCGAAACCGUGUGCCCCCCGAAACGUCACCUAUGCGUGACGUUGUCGCACGGCGCCUCCCCCUGACGUCACAGGCAGAAAAUGGCGUCAAGAGCAGAAUUGGGCAAACUUAAAAUUAAAAACAUUUUUUGUUUACUUUGAUCUGGAAGUGUUCGCUACCUAACUGUAGUCCAUCGGCACCCUCGUGGCUACAUCCUUUAGCGAUGAAGAUGCUGUUUCAAGGGUCCCAAUGACUGAUCUCUUUCCAGGUCCCCGCAGCCUUGACAUUUAGGGUGUCCCACACUGUGAGGGAGCAUCGACCCACCACGGUCUGAGAGGACAUGUGGGAUCCGUUUUCAGCCCCUAGUGCCACCACUCAGAGAUGAGGGAAUUGAGGCUUCUUCCUCAAUCUUCAGCCUCUCAAAGACUCCUGUUCAGUAUGUUGGCCACUGUGCCCACACAUCCUGUGGCGGUAGAGGAGCAUAAUGGGGCCACAUACGAGGGUUUAGAAUCGGGACACUGGCCCUCGCAGAGAUGCUGCCUGUCGGUAACUUGUAGGACCAUUUUUUGAAGCGUGGCCUUGGCUGUUACACAACAUGGGGAAUGUUUUUAUCUUUCUCAUUGUUUGUUUUUCUUAAUUAAGCUGUCCUCAGUUUGGAGAUGUUUGUGCCCAGCUCAGUUACCCGACCCAGGAGAUGGCGCUACCAUCACCCCUGGGACUCCAGCGUUUGGUGAAUUCUGCCUGAUGGGGCUGACAGUGGUUCUUCACUCUCCUUUGCCCCCGCGGCAGUGGGGCCUAAGUGCUGGCUUGGGCCUUGUCUGUGCUAUGACAAGGUCCACGUAGUGCCGUGAUUAUGGGCCUCUAACGUAGUUUUUGAAGCAGGGUUGGAAGAAAGCACUAUAAUAUUUUAAUGUAUGGGAUUGAGUGGACUUUGAUCCAUAAGUUAGGACUCAAAGAGUUUGAAAACUCCCAACGUGAAAGCACAUAGUGUUUGGGACAUUCUGUUUUUAGGACAUCUAGAAAGACUAAACCCAGCAAGAUUGCAAGUUUCAGAGUGUGCUGGUGUUAUAUAUGUCUGUGCUUAAAUAGAUUCAUUCAUUUGUUUCUGAAGUCUGAAAACUUUAUUCCAUAGGAAGGGGUUCAUUUGUCAACUUACAUGAAAGUUUUUUUUGGUGUUAAGUUAUCCCUAUGCUGUACUAGCACUCAACAAAGAGCAGUUCUUGAAGCAUUUCAUUUGGAGAGUUAAAGGCAGACUGUAAAAAAGAGAAGCGUUAUGACACUUAGAAAAUUUGUAUAGAUUUGGCAGCCAAAAUGAACGAAAGGGGCUUCCCUGGUGGCGCAGUGGUUGAGAGUCCGCCUGCCGAUGCAGGGGACACGGGUUCGUGUCCCAGUCCGAGAAGAUCCCACAUGCUGUGGAGUGGCUGGGCCCGUGAGCUGUGGCCGCUGGGCCUGCAUGUCCGGAGCCUGUGCUCCGCAACGGGAGAGGUCGCAGCAGUGAGAGGCCCGCGUAGUGCAAAAAAAAAAAAUAAAUGAAAGGAACAGAGCUUGUAGAUCAAAAACUUACUUUUAGAACCGUUUUUUUCCCACAGUAGCAUAUGUUAAGAUAUAUGCUGGCAUAUAUUAAAAUCAGAUAGCAUAUAUUAAAGUCAGCCUGGUUUCUAAUGUUUUGUAGCAUAUACUGUUACACGCUGAGUAUCUGUAAGCCACACAAUAGGUGUGACUAAUGGGACUGAUUCUUUUGAUAUAUCUAUCAGAACAUUAAUUCUUCAGGUCAGUAUAUAUUUAAAAAUAGACAUCUUGGUAAGCUGUGUACUUUUCUUUUUUAAAUUUCCUUUAGGGUUUAAGUUAUAAACCACAUGAGAGAGCAGUAACCUGUUAGAAUAUUAGACUUAAGAGUCGGAAGAUUUAUGAUCAAGGGUCAGCUCCUCCAUUUGAGCUUUGUGACCUUGGGCAGUUCACAGAACCUCAGUUUUUUCAUCUGUGCAUUUUUAAAAUCUUUCUUCCGUCCUUCUUUCCUUCUUCCCUCCCCCCCCACUUCCUUUCUGCUGUGCCGGGUCUUAGUUCAGGCACGUGGGAUCUUUAGUUGCGGCAUAUGGGCUUUUUACUUGCAGCAUGCAUGUGGGAUCUAGUUCCCUGACCAGGGAUCGAACCUGGGCCCCCUGCAUUGGGAGCACGGAGUCUUACCUGCUGGACCACCAGGGAAGUCCCUCAUCUGUGCAUUAGAUCCAGUAUUUGCUUGUAGCAUAUGUUACCAUUGAUUGUUAAAUAAAUGUAAGGUGUUAGUAUAAGAGAUUGAGUUCACUGGUUUUUAGACACACCUAUUUUAUUUUGGUUUGGUUUCCAUUGUAAGCCUUAAAUUUGGCUCCAAGUAAGUUUUAUUGGUUGGCUCUUUCCAAGAAUCUUAUCUCUGUAACAUGUUUAGCAUAGUGCCUAGCAAUAUUAGGUACUAUAAAUGAUAGAUAUUGAUAUAAUGAUUACUUUUAUUAAAUCAUCAAAAUAGGCUAUGGACUCUGAGGGCAACCAAGACAGCAUGAUUGGAUGAUGCAUUAGCUGCUUUAAAGAGGACGAAGCUCUUGAGGAUAUGGAAAGUCUAAUUAUGAUUAACCUCCUUGUAUAGAAAGUAUUUAGAUUAGUUUUUUUUCAGCUUUAUUAAGAUAUAAUUGAUAUAAAAUAUAACUGUACACAUUAAAGUGUACAGUUUGAUGUGUUUUGAUAUGAGUUAACACCCAUGAAACCAUCACCCCCCAAAUUCCAAAAUGCCCUUUUAUAAUCCUUUCAUCCGAGCCCCUUCCCACCUAUUCUUAGCCCUAGGUAACCACUGGUCUGCUUUCUGUCACUACAGGUUAGUUUGCAUUUUCUAGAAUUUUAUGUAAAUGAAAUCAUACAGUAUGUGUGCUUUUUUUAACCUGUUUCCUUCCACUCAGCAUAAUUAUUUUGAGAUUCAUCCAUGUUAUGUAUAUUGAUAAUUUCAGACCAGUAAUUUCUGAAUAAUUUAUCCUAUUGAUUUUGUUUGGUGUCUUCUGUUUUUUUUUACUUAUAGACCUGUGGUGGACAGACUUGGGAAAGACCAUUGCUAGAUGUGAAAGCUUGGGGUAGGCGAGAAGUCCUACUGUACCUUCCUAGACAGAAAGGCUUCAAAGUGGGACUGGUUAAGCCUAUCUUAAUCAUGGUCUUUCUGAGUUACCCAAACUCUGGUCGGUAUUGUACAGAAAAUGCUUAAUGAUGAAUCCCCUCAUUAUUUGUGUUGGGCGGUGGUGUGGGGAAAAGCUUAGGACUAAUCUGCAUUAUUCUGGUAUUGCUUUCUCUUGCUCCUAAUUUUUAGUCAUGCGUUCUUACCUUUUUAUUGGAAAUAUGUGCCAAUUUAUGUUUAAACCAAUUAUUUAUUCAGAAUUUUGAACAGUAGAAUGGAGGCCAAGUGUCCGUUGUAAAAUAAGUAGUAAUUUUGAGUACCAACAUUUUCUUUUCACAGGACAGGGUCUAUAUUGUAUUUUGUCUCUACCUAGAUAUUCAGUUUUCUUCUAGACCCCUGACCUUUUCUAAGCCACAAAGCAGAACUCGUUCAGAUCUGUAAGGUACAAAAAUAAACAUAGGGUAAACAACAGCGGGUAAGGUACCUUUGGAGUUCAAGAAACAGAACUGUAUAUCCUGAAGUCUGUUUCUUGGAGGGGGGAGGGAAUGUGGGGUGCUGGAAGGGGAGGAAAAAUAUAAAUGAGGUUCUUAUGUAUUGAUGUCCUCUUCUCAGAUCUGCUACAAUGGCAUCCGAUGACUUUGAUAUAGUGAUUGAGGCCAUGCUGGAGGCUCCCUAUAAAAAAGAGGAGGAUGAGCAGCAAACUAACGAGGUUGAAAAGGAGAGCCCUAGUAACACCACCAACAGCACCAGCUGUACCGGCAGCAGUGGCAGUGGCACCAGUGGGAGCAGCGCCAGUGGGGAGGCAGGCAGGAAGAAGAGGAGUCGGAGCCAUAGUAAAAGCAGGGAUAGAAAACGCAGUCGUAGUCGAGACCGUCAUAGGCGGAGAAGCAGUCGGAGCCGGAGUCGAGAUCGGCAGCGUCGUCACCGCAGCCGUAGCUGGGAACGUCGACAUAGUAGUGAGUCACGAAGUCGAGACCGACGUCGUGAGGAUCGUGUGCGCUACAGGAGUCCACCGCUUGCCACUGGGCGUAGGUAUGGACACAGUAAGAGUCCUCAUUUCCGGGAAAAGAGCCCAGUCAGGGAGCCAGUUGAUAAUCUGAGUCCUGAGGAGCGGGAUGCCCGCACGGUGUUCUGUAUGCAGUUAGCUGCCCGCAUUCGGCCUCGGGACCUGGAGGACUUUUUCUCGGCUGUUGGCAAGGUUCGAGAUGUACGUAUCAUCUCAGAUCGGAACUCACGUCGUUCUAAGGGCAUUGCCUAUGUGGAAUUCUGUGAGAUCCAGUCUGUGCCACUUGCCAUUGGGCUGACCGGACAGCGGCUGCUGGGAGUGCCUAUCAUUGUACAGGCCUCACAGGCUGAGAAAAACCGACUGGCAGCCAUGGCCAACAACCUGCAGAAGGGCAGUGGUGGACCAAUGCGCCUCUACGUGGGCUCCCUGCACUUCAAUAUCACCGAGGACAUGCUCCGGGGCAUCUUUGAGCCCUUUGGCAAAAUUGAUAAUAUUGUCCUGAUGAAGGACUCAGAUACAGGCCGCUCUAAAGGUUAUGGUUUUAUUACGUUCUCUGACUCUGAGUGUGCCCGCCGGGCCCUGGAACAGUUGAAUGGCUUUGAGCUUGCUGGUCGGCCUAUGAGGGUUGGCCAUGUGACCGAGCGACUGGAUGGUGGCACAGACAUCACUUUUCCUGAUGGAGACCAGGAUCUGGAUCUGGGAUCAGCGGGUGGACGUUUGCAGCUCAUGGCCAAAUUGGCAGAAGGCUCUGGAAUCCAGCUGCCGACCACUGCUGCUGUUGCCCAAGCUGCUGCCUUGCAACUGAAUGGAGCAGUUCCUUUGGGGGCCCUGAACCCAGCGGCUUUGACGGCUCUGAGUCCGGCCCUGAACCUCGCCUCCCAGGCAAUCGCCUCCCAGUGCUUCCAGCUUUCCAGCCUCUUUACCCGCCAAACCAUGUGAGUCUCAAGGCCCAGCUCAUUUCAGUGUUCACAGUUAACUUUCUUUCCUCCAGCUUCCCGUUUACAUCUUCUCCAUGCCACAGGUAAUUAGUGGCGCAGUCCACUGCCUACCUGUGCCUCUGGGUCCUGCCACUCCCUUCUCCACGUCUACCCUUCCAUGGCCCCUUCUCUCCAUUCUGUGGACCAAACCAUCCUGAGGGUGUGAACAUUGACGGUGGGGGAACUGGGACCCCCUAGGACACCAAGAAGAGCUCCUGCCCACCUCAGCCGCAGUGGGAAUGGACUCUGGUGAGCAAAGCUGCCAGUUGAAGAGAACAGAAUCUGCACUUGAAUUGAACAUCUGUUUCUCUGUAUUUAUCGUCUCCUGGGAUGACCUUCCUUGCCCUUUACAACCACCUCUUACUGAUUCCUUGAUUCCUCCCCCAUUGGGAAGGCCAUAGGGCAUUAACUGAAGGAACUAACCGCUCUUUGCCUGCCUGUACCUUUACUGUACAGUCUGUCACGGAAAACCUUUAAGACCUCUGGUCUGUGAGGACUUUGGGGUUUGAGGGAGUGAACCUUGAAAGUGCUGGCUUGCUGCUACAAGGGCCCUGGAAGAUAGCACAGACGUGUGUUGGGAAGCCUGCCUUAAACCUUAGCUUGGGGCCAGAACUGCUACUGUGGGCUCAACAUCUUGCUGGGAGGUGUGGGAAUGAUCUCUCCUGCCAGCCAUUUUGGAUGUCUUAGGGGCAUUCGGGAGUUCAGUGAAAGGUGGGGUACCUUUCUGGUAUCUUCCAUCUUCCUUUGUGUAGUUGUCCUUCCUUUGGCCCAGGGUGGGAGGAUGGAGGGGAGGCUGCUUCUCUCCACCACUUCCAUGUGCCUCUGGAGACUGUGGGCUCAGGCCCAGCUGGGCACACGUGAGUCCUUCUCACUGUAUUUUAUACCCUUGUGUCUGUGUACAUAAAUAUAAAUAUAUAUAUAUAUAUAUAUAAACUUUGUACAAAAGGCAGGUCCCACGGUUGUGGCGGCGGCUGCCCAUGUGUGGUCUCGGUCCAGUGGUGUGUCUGUCUGACGUUAACUUCUCCUGAGCCAAAACCACGAAUGGUUCUAGGGAUAUAAAACAUUUGUAAUGCUA